CGGGCCCAUUCCACGCGUAACUCCACUUCAUCCAGGCCAUCUCAGUUGACAGCUCUUUGAUCACGCUCGUCUGAAGUGUGUCGCCGUUUCUUUCAGUGCCGAUUACCCGCCUUGUCCGAUAUUGCAUUCGGCUUCCUUGCACUUUAGGAGAGCCCUUAUCACUUUUUCCUGUGUACUUCGAAAGCUACUUGGACAAAAAGUUUUUGUCUGCAUGGGUGUUGUGAAAGUUCGUGAGACGUGUUGGCGGUGCACCGAAUGACAACUCUCGUGAUAUUUUAGCGACUCGAUGCGAAAUCCUGCUAGUUCUGCACUUGUAAACAACAUCACGACGUUGGACAAAGAAAAAGGAAGAUUACAGUAACCAACAUCAACUAGUGAUACCAGCAAGUUCCGAGGUGCAACUGUGGCAGGUUGUAAUGGACGUGAUGUUGGUGCACGCUCUCGUCAUCUAAAAACAACUCUUCCUGGGUGCAAAUAACACGGCCGCGCAAAAAGAGGCUUGGCGUCAACUUCAACAUGCAUCGACCUCUUCGAUGUCCUCUGUUCUCCGUCUUGUCUCUGGUCUUAGUGACGCCUUUGACCAGGGCAACGGACGAUAGCAGGACAGAUGCUGAGGUGUCCUACCCUACGACGUGCCGGAUUGAGACCGGAGAGGAGCUUGAUCCAGUUACCUUCGACCACGUCACUUGUGCGCGCUGUUAUUCCUACAUCCCCUUAUUUGCAUUCCGCAACGAAACUCGGAUGUCUGUAUGCGGCGAGUACUUGUGCGAAAGCUGCGAACCAAGACAAGGAUGUUACAAACCCCAGGAUGACGACGUAUCACAAGCAAUUGGGGACACUUUCGCGAAGCCAAGCUACAUUGAUAAAUGGAAGAGUUGUUGCAGAGAAGCAAGCAGAUGCUGCAAAGGAAUGCUUUCAACACCACUUCGCAAGAACCCAGGAUCCUCACUAUGUCCUCGGACGUGGGACGGAUGGACGUGCUUCGAGGAUACGGAAGGGGGCACCGCAAUCGAAAAGUUAUGUCCAGCGCACGCGUACUAUCACACUAUCGAGCAGCCUUGCCAAAGGUUUUCGAAGAAGCUGUGUUGGGACAAUGGCACCUGGUAUGUUCAUCCGGGAUUUGAAAAGGAGUAUACAAUCUACGAAUGCGGGUCCGUUCACAACCGCCAGCUGAUCGUGGGCUUAUCGAUCAUCUUGCACUUCGUCUCCGCUCUUCUCCUGCUGCCAGCUAUCAUCAUAUUUUCUUUCUAUGCCCAGUUGAAAAUCCAACGCAUAUUGAUGCACAAGAACCUAUGCAUCAGUCUCCUGCUCUACGGAAUUACGAGCAUCGCAGUGGAUUACGUGCUCAUAUGGAACGAAUUCCAAGGGCCUGAUCAUUUCGAAACCCUCAGCGAAAACCCUGUUUGGUGCAAGAUAUUGGUGAUCUUCUGGCGGUACUUCAGGCUGGCACAGUACCACUGGAUGUUCUGCGAGGCCUUCUACUUGAACCGCUUGAUAACGACCGCCUUUGCGGAGCCAAAGUCCGUUUUGCUCUACCACGGCAUAGGAUGGGGUAUUCCGGUAAUCAUUUUAGCGACAUACGCGGUAUUCAGAGCUAUGUACGGUGAUGCCAAGUGCUGGAUUGAGCCCAUGGAUAAUUAUGAGUGGAUAAUUCUUUUCCCUGGGCUGCUAUGCCUCGUGAUGAACUUUGCAUUUCUCUGCAACAUUAUCCGGAUUUUAGUCACAAAGCUUCGAACUGGAAAUAUGAACGAGCCUUUGCAGUUCAGGAAAGCUGUGAGGGCAGUGAUUAUUCUCUUCCCGCUUUUCGGAACGCAAUUUCUUCUCGGCGUGUACCGCAAGCCACAGCUCUGCGGUGCCUGGGAAGUCUACCAGUACUUUAACCGCACAACGGACGCGUUGCAGGGCUGUUUCGUCGCCCUUCUUUUCUGCUACUUCAGUGGAGAGAUUCAGACGCACGUCCUGCGGUCGAUUGACCGGAUGAAGCUCCGCUACAAGAUGUCCCGAGAAAACAACAGCUUCCGCCGUUCCACGAGGACUAGCAUUCGCCUCUAUGCCUUUGGAAAUAGUGCCGAGGCAAACGCAGACACCAGGGUGGAACCAGUGAAGGAAGUGCCAUCUGGAUUCGCCCCUUGUUCACUGUGAAGGUUGUAGCCAUCUUACCAGCCACCUGCACAGAGGAUCUCAGUCGGAAAUGACAGGGAAUAACAAUACUCUACCACAAUACUCUGAUGUAGACUAGACGACAUUGAGGCUGCUAUUCAACGUCUGCGACUGUGUGUGUGUGUGUGUGUGUGUGCGCGAGACCUAACACCACUGGUGUCGGAUGUUGAACAGAAAACAAUGCAACACUGUUCUGACUGACAAGUGAAUGAAGAAGUGCGUUCAUUAAUCUUUUCGCCUCAACGACCCAGGAAUUAUUAUUACCAUAUUUUCACCUCGUUUUCCUCAUUCAUCGUCGCUCCAUGUAUUUGUUGGCCUUGUUUUCAGUUCUACCGCUACGAUCAUUGUUACCUCCUUUCAGAUCAAGAGAAAGUUGUAUGACAACAUCAUUCGAGU